CACCACCACCAUUUGCAUUACCCCUCUGACUCGUACGGAGGAUGUGCGUACUACUCGUUGUUCUUGAGUGUGGCACAUCACGGUAGUUGCGUGCGGUACAUACAGUGACUGACUGCAUAUCGUGCUUGUUCAAGCCAGUCAUUGCGCGCUGAGUUCUUUUUUUUUGAUUCUCCAACCAUACCGAGCAAAGAAAGAAGACGGUAGUAACCAUCCCAAAGGUAGUACUCCCUACUGUCCCCCAUCAACCAACCAACCAACCAUCCGACCAAGCAACCGAGGCAACCAACCCGCGUUGGGAGAAUCUUCUAUUGCAAGAUUGAGCUUCCACGUUCUACGUUCGUUCAGUAAAGGAAAUUUCUGGUCUCCCAACGACGACGACGACGACGGCGGCGACGACAUCCUCCUCCUCUAGUUCUUCAUCAUCAGAGUAUUCCUAGUGAGUACUCCUCAGUAUCUGGAGAGGGUUCGACUCGUUCGACUCGAUAUGCUCAUUGAGGCAGCCAGCCAGCCAGUGAAGAGUGUAUGAAAACAUUCGACUGCUGACUGAUUGAAUUGCAACAAGAAGCAACGAAGAAAAAAAAAGAGGCCCUUUGGAUGGUGGAUGGAUACUGGAGAGUGAGUGGAUAGAUAGUUCAAUAGAUAGUUGGAGUGCGAAUCUGUACGAGCCCAGACGAAAUCCAGUGGUGGUGCUUCAACACCAAGAAGAGCCCUUCCCAAUGAGACACCACCACCGUCCGGAGAGAAAGAGAACAGAAAUCUCGCCUCCAAAGAGUUCGUCAAGUCACUUAAAGUGUUUCACAAUUGCUCGGGCAAGUUCUUUGAUCUGGCGAUGUUAAGUGCGAAUGUAUAUUCGACUGCCAAGCCAUUUGUGGCCUGCCUCCAUCCUACAGCAACAGUACUUGCUCCCCAAUCAUUGCUCAGUGUCCAUCACAUGCAUUGUAUCAAGUUGUCGUAAUCAUGUCACUAGCACAUCCAGUGGACAACGCGUUGCCUUCAAGAAUUUACCACAUUAUGUGAGUGUGUGCUCGGCUUGUGAUUGAAAUCAUUGAAGUCAACCAGUCUCCAUUCAUAACCAAAAAGCCCAAGCAACAGCUAGAGUAGUCAGUAUUGCUGCAUAGUGCUAUUCGUGCACCCACAACCGCAGAAUCUAUUUUCAAUGUUCUCACUGAUCAGAAUAAUCUGAUCUGGCCGACAUUUAGUGCCAACAUCGACGACAUUGAAGUGCUUUUAAGUGAGUAGUGAGUGAGCGGUGAGUGGUGAAUGAGGUUGAAGAGUGUCGUGAUUAUCAUUAUUAUUACUACUACUACUACUACUAUUUCCAAGAGCACUGGCUCAACGUCUCCCAGAACCAAGAUUCGGGGAUUGCUUGGCGUGAGAAUUCUCUCCACUGUCACGGGAACCAAAAAAAAGUGCACCUUCCUGAGCACAAUUUCCUCUAUAUAUAGAUCUAGCUCAUCAACCAAGCAAGCUACCGAACGCCUUUUACACACUCACCAGCAGAUCCUUUGGUGUCAAUAGUUUUUCAAACACGAUUGGGAAAUUAAAUCAAAGGUUUCGCUUUCAUUAAAUCACUUCCACAGACUCAAUUCCGUCGUCCUUCAGGAUGGAAGCAACCAAAAUGGAGACCUUCCUCAAUGGACCCCUUCUGCAAUGGCUUCGCACUCUUCCCGAGGCCCCCGCGGAAAUCACUUUUGCCGAGCUGACUUCCGGACAGUUUCUCCACAACGUACUCCAAUCAUUCGAUGCGAAUAUCCCCACCACGUCACCAAAGUUCGAUUCGAAUCCCGAUCUACGUGCCCGGGUGAUGAACAUCAACCUUUUGAUCGAGAAACUAAAGCUCUACUACGAGAAUAUUCUCAGUCAGACCAUUGUGAUUGCGUUACCCAAUACCAUUAAGAUCUGUCAGAGUCCGCCCACUGACCAAAGCUUACAGGAGAUGGACACACUGCUAUUGCUGCUUUUGGGCGCCGCCGUUCAAUCAUCGCAAAAAGAGCAUGCCGUCAACUCGAUCCAGAACCUCCCGGUCGAACUCCAACACGCAUUCGUGGAUAAGAUCAAAGACGUGACGGACAAUCCCGAGAACAUCUGGCCAACGGACUACGACGACCCAAAAGCGAUGACAGUGGAGCAAAAAGACAAAUACUAUUUCAUCCUGGUGAAGCAUGUGAAAAAGUUGGUCAAGCAACGCGACUCGUUUGCCAACCAGGUCAUGGAGAUUGCCCUACAAACAACUAAUCUCAAUGAGGAUGCCUUGGCUGAUCCAAAUUCGUCCCGACUCACCCCCGAGAAAAACCAUUUCGCUCUGGAGAUCUCCGAGAGCAAAUCCAAAGUCCGGAAAUUGAAUCACCAAUUAGAGGAAAAAACUGAGGCCUUGAUGGAAACGAAAAGCGAGCUCGAAAAGUUAGCAGCCCAAGUAGCGAAACUGCGCCAAGAGAAUAUUGAGCUGACACAAGACGCCCGAGCCGCCAAAACCUACCGAGAUGAGCUCGAUAUAGUCAGGGAUCGAGCCAACAAGGCCGACGAACUGGAGGCCGAAAUCCAGCGUUACAAGGACAAGGUCCACGACCUCCAUUACUAUAAAACCCGCGUGGACGAAGUGCAAGAAGACAAACGGAUACUAGUGGAAACCAAGGACAUGCUGGAGGAGCAAUUAACCAAAGCCCGGAAGCGUUCGGAUCAGGUGCUGUCGUUGGAAAAAGAGAUCCUCUCCUACAAGACGGCCUUAGAUAAGGUUCAAUUGGAUCGUGAGAGUGACAAGCAACGGAUCGAUGAGCUCACCGAAGAAAACUACGCCCUCCAAAUGAGUACCAAAAGCUCGUUUUCAGAGUCACGAUCGCUCUUGGCCGAGAUGCAAGUUCUGAAAACCAAAGGAGGCAAAGACACCAAUAUCUUCACCGAGCAAAUUGGACAAGAUGUCACUCGCGUGCACCGCUUGGAAUUGGAAAACCAGCGGCUCAUGUCGGAGCUGGAAAAUGCCAAAGAACGAGGCUUCUCCGAGUUCUCGGGGAAGAUCCUGGAACUCGAGAAAGAGAACAAGCGACACUCGAUCACCAUUGUGCAGCUUCAGCAACAAAGGGAGAAGGACGAGGACUACCAUGCCCAACUGAACAAUCAACUGAGGCGAAGCGAGUCCAAGAUCAAGGAACUCAACACGGUCGUGGCAGCACUCAAAGAGGUCGAGGAGCAAUUGUCCAUUGAGAAGAACACCGAAAUCGAUAAUCUCCAAACUCAAGUGGAUAGUUUGCGGAAGCGGCAAGAGUCCUCCCAAAAUGAGCAGCUCGCCCAAAUCCAAGAGGAGAACCUCAACUUGAUUAAGGAGCGUACUCAUCUCCAAACUCAAGUGAACAAAUUGAGCGGUGAAAAGGAGCGCCUCGCCCACAGAGUCGAGGACACGCAAGCCCAAUUGAAUCAGGCCGAGGACCUCAAGUUUGAAAAGGAGAAGCUCAACUCACAACUCGAGCGGGUCAUGAAGGAGGCGGAGGAUUUGCGAUCACUUAAGGACUCGUACGAAAGCUCAUCGGACUCCUUUGAGAAGACGCGGGACGAAAACGAACGCCUAUCCAAGGCGUUGGACAAGUUGAAGACUGACAAGCAUAACUUUCUGAUGGAUAACACCGAUUUGAAACGUCAGGUCGACCUGUUAAACCGCAAGAAUCAAGUCCUAGUAUUAGAGUCGGAUCGGAUCCCUUCCUUGGAAAACGAGCGAGAAGAGCUCAAGGAUACCAUUAACAAGAUGCGAAUCAGCAUGGAUACACUCGAGGUCUCAGCCAAGAAAAGUGACGAGUUGGAACAAAAACUGGCUGCAUUAUCUUCGGACAAUAGCCGACUGAAGCGUCAAGUUGAAUCCUCGGCUAAGAAACUCGAGGAACUCGGUCGAGAACAUACCACCAUAAGCAACGAGAAUAAGGCUCUUUUGAAUAACAUUCAAAACUUGAAGACCAAUGCCAAGAACAUGGAGAAGAUGGAGAAGGAGUUCUACGAUUUGGAUGCAAAUCACGACAAAAUGAAGCGCGAACAUAACUCUCUCACAAAAGAAUUUGAGCGACUGACCCAGGCCCAUGAGUUGAAGGAAGUCACUCUAAUUGACCUACAAUCCAGAGUAGAGACCCUCCAACGAGAGCGAGAUGGCCUUGAACGAGAACUGGAUCAAUGGAAACAAGACUCGUCCAGGAUCCAAGAUCUCGAAAUAGAACGUCUCCAACUCGUCCAAAGUGGCUCCAUGGACAAGCGAUCAUUAGUGAAACUCCGGGAAGAGCUCGUCAACGAGAAGCUCAAGACGGAGAGCCUCAGUAACCAACUCGAGGGUCUCAAUCAGCAACUAAGGACUCUGGGCAUCGAUCAAAACAUUCUCAACGGACAGGACGAACUGAUUUCAUCCGAGCGGAUGAAGAACUUGGAAGGCUCCAUGGAUCAGUUGUUAGAGUCGCAACAGAAGAAGAUCAAGGGCCUCGAGAGUCAAUUGACGGUUGCACUCAAGCAGAAGACCAACUACCAACAACAAGUCGAGACUCUGGAACUUCAGAUCAAAGCGGGAGAUUCUCAAGUUGGAUUAGAGAAACAACUGUCAAAGGUCGUCAAGGAGAAGGACCAAUACCGAUCGGAAUUACUUGAGCUCAAAAUGGAGUCCUCUACCAAUGCCGAGAAGAUUGAGUUAUACGAUGCCAAGGUCAAAAAACUCAACGAAGACUUGGUCAACAUCAAGGUGGAAAACUCCACCCUUCAGAGUCAAUCGUCGUCCUUAUUGUCCCAAAUCAACCACCUUCAAUUGAAUCAGAACAGUCUGGAGAGUGCCAAACGAAAGUCUGACGAGAGUGAGCGCCGCUGGAAAAUGGAGCGCCAAAACCUUUUGCGGGAUCAAGUUGAGCUCCAGAAGCUUCACGACGGCUUGCAACAGGACUAUGAUAAUCUGCUCAUAGAAAAGGAUGGUCAAAAGGAAGUGGAAAAAGCCCUCAAGGCGGAUUUGGCGAAACUCCAGUCUAUGUCUCUGAGUCUAAGUGAAGGUCAAGAUACCUUGAUCAAAGCCAAAGAAGCCCUGGAUCAAGAGCGUGAGAACUUGCGGGCGGAUGCCCGCACUUUAGCCAACCUCCGCUCUGAGCACAACCGUUUGAAAGAAGAUUUCCGGUCUUUGUUUACGACUAAUGAGCGCGUAAAGGGCGAAUAUUGCAACCUGCAAAGCGAUUACAAGGCCCUGAAAACGAGUUACAACCAACUCAAGCUGCAGCAGACCGACUUCAAAGGUCAAUUAGAUGAGACUCGCUCACAAUUGACCCAAGUGGACGUAGAGUAUUCCAAGGCGAUGAAUCGGUGUGAAGUUCUUACCAAGAUCAAUAACUCCCUAGAGGACGACCGAAAAGGACUGAUGGAGCAGUUCUCCAUGCUACUAAGCCAAUAUCAAGAACUGCUGACCCAAACAUUGAACGACAAGGAACAUUUUCAUGAAGAAGAGAAAUUCUACACGGACAAAAUGAAUCAUUUGAGUCGACAGAAAGAGAAGCUCGAGGAGAAAAUCAUGGAGCAGUACAAACGGAUGGACAAUUCGCCUCAGAAGAAAAUGGGCUUGGGCGGAACCUUCGUGCAAAAGAUGAAGAAGUACAGUCUCAUUCCUGGCAACAGCCGGACCAGUAAUAGCAGCCAAGGGAACAUAUCUGGAUCAGGAGGAUCCACGUCGGCUGCUUCGGCUCUCUCGGCAGCCAAAGUUCGAAGUCACACCCUGAACCCGAUUAGUAUCAAUCGGGCCAGGUCGAACUCUCGAGGCCGUUUGAGGACAGUGGAGGAUGCUCAGGACAGCUCUUCCGUGGGAUCAGGUUGCAAUGAUAGUCUGGAUUCGGGUUCACAUUCACCACGCCAAGACAACCUGAUCACUCGAUCCGAAUCCGCUCAUGAGCUCACCCGACGACGGGAAAGCCAAAACCACAAGAAUUCCGUGGCCCAUCUUGCCAUUCCACCGCAUUUAGAAGAGGAUUCUGAUGGCAAUCACGCGGACAACGACUCGGUUAACAGCCUAAUGUCGGGAGCCAGUACGUUUCUAACGGGCACAUCCGAUCGCUAUGGAGAGAGUGAUCAUCACCAUAACCAUAUUCAUCACCAUCAGCAUCCCCUGAUGCAAAACCAGAGUGUCUCAAGUCACAGUGAGGUGGGUCUCCCUCUGACCUCCAAAACCAGCUUAUCUAGGCCUGGAGUUACGCGCAUUUUAAUCAAUGGAGGAGAACAAACCGAGUCCAAUCAACGCUCCAGCACACCUCGUUUGACCUCUUGGAAAAGCACUAAUUCUAGUCCAAUCCUGGGAGAAUCGCAGUGCCAUCAAGACUCCUCUGCACCUGCUGUGCCCGCACGAAAACCCUCACGAAGUGGUGGCAAGGAAGCCCAUCCUCCUCCCCCACUUCCUCAGCGACCUCACAAACUUCAGGGUGGUGGCGGUAGUAGUAGCAGUGGCUCAGGGUCGAGCGUUGGUCGUGGAUGCGCCUUGGAUGAUAAUCGAUAUCACCAAGACGACACGGACGACUCGUCCACUAUUGAUGAGGAACCGAGCAAGCAAGAAAAUACCGCUUGGUACGAGUACGGGUGUGUGUGAAGUUCAAUCCGAAGAACGCCACCCAUGCUAUGACGCUACCAGCCAAGCCUUUGUCCGUGAUAGGGCCCAUACACAGUACGGGCAGAUCACAUGAAUAGCUUUAAAAAUGAAUUCCAAAAAGACCCCCACCCCCCCUCAAUUAAGCUUGCUAAUUGUGUUUUGUAGUUGUGGUAGAACACUAGGUUUAAGCGUUGUUAACUUGGUCUGUUAGAUGACAAAUCACUCUUUCCCUCCCGUUGAUGAUUGCUUCUCUCACAUGUGUUCCUUUUCCACGAUGGCGGUUGAUGCCACCAGCGAAGAUGCCGCACAAGACUGCCUUUAAGAGGUAAUCUUGUGCCUAUCCUUUUCUCGCGGCAUUUGUCAUGGCUGUGAUUAUCCCUCAAAAAAUUCAUGUUCUCCCUACCUGUCACUCUUUGGCUCUCCAAAAGACCUAAGAUUUUAUUGUCCCACACUGCCUUCAGAACCGACGGCCAGGCGUGUUUCCGAACUCUCUAUCUCAAUCAACUCUUGAUUCAAAGAUUCUCACUACUAUCAGAAAAAAUAAAGUUUACCGAUUCUAUUGAACGAUCAA